AUGGACAUCAUUUGUGUUUCUUUGCAGGACAAUGGCCUUGAUCCAAUUGUAGAGUCAGAAAUUCUUCUAGACGGUGAUCACCCGAUUGAGAGAACAUUAGAAGUGGCAGAGAAGGUUUGGUCAGAAGUCUUCUUUUAUUUGGCUCAAAACAAUGUCAUUUUUGAGGGAAUUUUGCUCAAACCUAGCAUGGUUACACCUGGGGCCGAGCACAAGGAAACGACUUCUCCAGAAACCAUUGCCAAAUAUACACUUACCAUGCUGAGAAGAAGAGUUCCUCCUGCAGUCCCUAGAAUCAUGUUCUUGUCUGGUGGACAAUCCGAAGUGGAAGCAACACUGAACCUUAAUGCAAUGAACCAAAGUCCCAACCCAUGGCACAUUUCAUUUUCAUAUGCACGAGCUCUGCAGAACACUGUGCUCAAGACAUGGCAAAGACGCCCCGAGAAUGUGGAAGCGGCUCAAAAGUCUCUUGGAUGA